AUGUCUUCUCCCAAGACCUUCAUCGUCACCGGUGCCUCGCGCGGAAUCGGCCUCGCCACGGCCAAGUACCUCCUCGCGGCGCCGCACUCCCACAACGUAGUCGUGCUCGCCCGCAGUGCAGAGCCGCUCCAGCAACUAAAAGACCAGUACCCGCAGCAAGUGGCCGUGCUGAGCGGCGACCUGGCGGACCUCUCGCUCGGCCAGCAGGCGGUCGACCUGGCCCUGUCCUCGUUUGGGGGGUUGGAUGGCCUGGUGCUAAACCACGGCUGGCUCGGACAGGUGGCUCCCAUCGCCGAGGCGGAUCCUGCGCAGUGGCAGCAGGGAUUUGCUGUGAAUUUCUUCAGUGGGGUUGCUUUUGUGAAAGCCGCCCUCCCGACGCUCCGGCAAUCCCACGGCCGGAUUAUUUUUACCUCCUCCGCGGCUGGUGUCAAGCCGAUCCCCGCGUGGGGGCUGUACGGCGCCAGCAAGGCGGCGAUGAACCAUCUGGCGCGGACGCUGGGAGAGGAGGAGCCGGCUGUGACAACGGUCUCAAUUGAUCCGGGGUUGGUCGACACGGAGAUGCAGCGAGAAAUCCGGGAGGAUUUGGCGACGGCGAUGGAGUCGCAGUUGCAUUCCUUCUUUACCUCUGCUCAUAAGGCUGGAGGGCUGUCGAAGCCGGAACAGCCGGGGCAUGUUAUUGCUAAGUUGGUGGUGGGAGCGCCGAAGGAGUUGUCCGGGAGGUUUAUCGAAUGGAAUGACCAGGUCUUGCGCGCUUUUCAGUGAUUGUUCGGUGCUUGGAAUGUAUUUUGAGGGUGGAUAUAGAUCGAUUGUAGAGUGCACUGAUAUGGGAAAUCCUCAGAGGAC